AUACCUCUGUUCUCCCAUACGAAAGACUAUAGCAGUAACGGCCUAAUGGGGUUUUCUUGAGUUUUCUGAAUAUUAUACGAGUAAAAAAAAAAAAAAUCAUAUAAUUGAGUUUGUAGACUCACGAGUCCGACGGAAAAUCAACAAGAACAAUGAACAAGAACGUUUACUACUUAGCAUGUGGGGGUGUCCAAAUCUGCCUCGUCUAGAAAAAUGUUUGGAGUCCCAGAAAAAACUAAACUUGUUUUUUGGGAUACCGUUAAAUUAGAUUAAAGAUUAACAGCUAGCAAAAUAUAGCAAGACAUUUAGAUGACACUAAAGGAGCAGAGGGACUGUAAAAGAUAUGAUAUAAGAUUAAGGGGGUUAAGGGGCAGUGGAAACGAAACGUAGUCGGUACGGAGUUCAGCAGCAGCAGCAGAGUGAAGACGAGGAUAAAAAUACACCGAUCUUACUUUCUACAACCUCCACUCUAGAAUUACUUCUUGACCAAAAUUGGCUCCGAUGUGUCUAGGGCAAGUGUGUUUAAAGGUCUCCACCCUAGUUAUAAUGACAGACUUCCCUGUCUGGUCCGUGCACACUGUGUAGCCGCGGUUCACCCCCCGGCACCCCCGUGUUUGUUUACAAAACAACCGCCCUGUCAUUUAAAGCAGAUGAUGUUGGAAGGAUGACUUUUUUUUUUUCUUCUGCACCAAUGAACGUCACUGGUCGAAUCCUAUUUAUUCGUGGUCACUGCCAGGACUUCUCAAAUAGCGGGGCGGGCCAACUCUGGGGGGUGGGGGGGUUAGCGAAUGAUGUCGUGUCUAUAGCCAGGCCUUCGUCUACUACAAAAUAACUUAGCUCAUAACCUGGUCCUGACCAGGUUAUGUUUAGAGUUUAGGCAUAAAAUUCUCUACGAGCGAUAUAGAUUAUCAGCUACAUUAGCUGAUGUUUUUCUUUUCUCCUACUCCCUCAGGUACAAAUCCUGAAGCUGACAUAUGCAGUAGCUGGAGGAGAGCUGUGUCUGACGAACAGCAGAGAUGGGGCCAACUAAACAACACAGAGGACUCAACAAGGUGGCGCGCUAGCUUUUCUGCUCAAACCUGGAAACCAGAGUAUUUGGGUCGGGCCAAUCUGCACGUCUUUGAGGACUGGUGUGGUGGUUCUACAGCACGGCUUCGAGAGAAUCAACACUACCCACUGUAUCCUCAUUCUAGAACCACAUUGCAAAAGUUGGCAGUCUCGCCCCAGUGGACAAACUAUGGGCUGAGGAUAUUUGGUUAUUUGCAUCCGUAUACUGAUGGGGAAUUUGUUUUUGCCAUAAGCUCAAAAGACAACUCCGAACUGUGGCUCAGCACCGAUGACUCACCCCUACAUGUGCAGUUACUGGCCAGGGUUGGGAAGACGGGCACAGAGUGGACAGCUCCGGGCGAGUUUGAAAAGUACGCCAGUCAGAUUUCAAGUCCCUUUAGGCUCUUUGCAGAGAGGAGGUACUUUUUUGAAGUUAUCCACAAGCAGAACCACAAAGGCACAGACCAUGUGGAGGUGGCAUGGCAGCUGCUGGACCAAAACUAUGGGUUUGUGAUCAUUGAUUCCCAACACAUCUCGCUCUAUGUUAAUGAGUCUUCAUUUUCGAUGAAUGACGUUGCACACAUACCUCAGACACUUGCAAGCCAUGCCACCAGUGCUAAAAAAGACCUCAGUGCAACAGUGGACAUGCUGAGGGAAGACCUGCAAGAUACGUUCUACCAAGUGUACAAACCCAGCUACACAAUCAAAGACUUCCCUCUGCUGCGAUACCAAGGAUUGCAGUUUGUGCGCUUGUCCUACGUCUACCCUAACGAUUAUACCCGACUCACACACAUGGAGACAGAGAACAGCUGCUUCUACCCAGAAAGUCAGUACUACAUGAACAUGUAUAAGUUCUCUAGAUACAUGAGACUUGACCCUCCUGAAAAAAGAAACCUGGACAGAGAUUUUGAGUUCACCGGUAAGAAGUCAGUCAUGUAUGAGAACGACUACGAGUUUGACUACGGAGUCCAUCGAAGGGAGAAGAAAAUUAGGGAGCAGCCGAUGGACAACGCACUUUUCUUGGACUAUCAAGGGUACCGGGAUGAAGUUAAUCAAAUGCACAGACGCAAACUUUUCUCUUUGACGUUACAAGAAGGCGGCAAUCGCACAUUCAGCUCUUCUGACACAGAGCUGCGAGUACAUAAGUUAAGGGAAAAGAAGGCAAAAUACAACCUCUUCCGGCCAGAAAAGCCACAAACGCCGCAGUCGGAGCAAACGCGAGCCACUGUGGCAGAACAGUUGACGGCAAAACAGAAACGAUUGCCUGCUGAAAAAAAGAAAAAAACGAUCACAGCGCAACAGAAGAAAGAUCCAAUGCCAGGGGUUAGUGAACAAAUUAAAGCAAAGGAGGAAACCGCUGUCAUUUCAGAGCUAAUUGCAAAAAAACAUGCCAUUCAGCGGCGGUAUAAAAAGAAUUAUACACCCGUUAAUGCACCUAACGGCUUUUUGUUUUCAGUCACUGGUGCCCCUUUGACAGAGAGGCCCACCAUGGCCAAAGAGAAGGGAUUUGCAGCUAGUGAAAUCCAGGCAGCUAAUAAGAACGGUUUCACCGCUGCAGAAAGCAGCCAGCUUUUAAUCAAGUUUAACCAGAGAGAUGCAGAUAACAGGAAACACCUCAGGGAUAAAGAGACGGACAUGAACGUGGCGCAAUGGCAGGGUUUACAAAAUAGCAUUAAAACAGAGAUGGUAGCAGAGGAUGAGAAGCAAUCAAAAGGAAAUGCCACGGGAGAAGACCGAGCCAAGGAUGAGUGGGACCCCGUUUGGAUACCGGAUGUAGACUUUGAGGGCCCUGAUGAUGGAGACCUCACUCCUCCACCGGAGUACGACGCUGAAGUGAACUGGGACCAGACUUUCCAGAUUGCCAACCUGGAUUUCCAGGCGUUUCGUUCAGACUGGAUUGACCUGCACUGCAAUGUCUCUGGGAAUUUGCUGCUUCGCUCCAGCGAAGCUUUGCCACUGGUCCGAGCCUUCAUGGAGCAACUCAACAGAAAGCACAAUGGGCGGUUCACAUUAGUGCGGGUCAUUAAUGUGGUGAAGCGCGCCGAUGGAGUCCAGGGAAAUCGAUACCUCCUGGAGCUGAUGCUGAAAGACGUGAAUGGCCAGCUGCUGCGUCUGUCGCACUACAUCUACGCUCUGUUCCGACAAAGUCGCUCAAGAAACAGGGGUCACGGCUUUAGAAAAACAAAAACCGAGACGCUACUGUGUAACCCCGUGGGCCUCCACUGGAAUCCUGACACCACUGUCCACUUUAUAGUGCCAGUGAAAAACCAGGCUCGAUGGGUACAGACGCUGAUAAGAGACAUGGAGACACUCUUUAGAAUAACCGGAGACACAAACUUUAACCUCAUCAUCACUGACUACGGCAGCACUGACAUGGACGUGAGGAAGGCUCUACAGGAGUCCUCACUUCCCAGGUUCCAGUAUUUGAAGCUGAGUGGAGACUUUGAGCGCUCUGCGGGUCUGCAGGCGGGAGUCAAUCAUAUAAAGGAUGAUCACAGCAUAGUGUUUCUCUGUGACCUCCACAUACACUUCCCCGAGUCUAUCAUCGACACAAUCAGGAAACACUGUGUGGAAGGAUACAAGGCGUUUGCACCUAUAGUGAUGAGGCUCGACUGUGGGGCCACACCACAAGACGCCAAAGGUUACUGGGAGGUGAAUGGGUUUGGCCUGCUUGGCAUUUUUAAGUCAGACUUGAAUGCUGUCGGAGGAAUGAACACCAAAGAAUUUAAAAACCGCUGGGGAGGAGAAGACUGGGAGCUCCUUGACCGGUCAGUUCUGUUUUUUUUUAAAAGUUGUUUAAUAGCAUAAAUGGUACAUUAAUAAGAUGCAUCAUGCAGAAAAAUGCAGUAAAACCUUAAGAUCUAAAACACCAUUGAGUUUAAUGUAGUUGUAACAAAGCAUCACCUAUUCUAGUGUUAAAUGCACUUUUUGUUUUUUUAAAUACACAUUUUACUCAC